CGGGGAAAUCACCGGUGGCCCCUUCAGUGGUUGUCGCCGGAUCCAAGAAACCUGUUCCCGCAGCUAAGAGUUUAGAUUCUGAGUCUGUUCUUAAAAGGGUUUCGUUCUGUUGUCUCUAUUUUGAAUUAAUGUGUUUGUUUCAGAUUUGGGUUUUGGGUUUUAGAUUCUUAUAUGUUUGUUUUUCCAAUUUUUUUUCUUCGGUAGUUAAGAUUUGAAAAUACAAUGUUUGGGUUUUCUGAGGAUUGGGUUUUUCUUUGUCUGGAUCAAUGGAUAAUCUUUUGUAAUGGGUACUUUUGUUUCUGGGUGCACAAGUUUUGAUUGGUCUGAAAAAUUGGUUGCAGGCCUAAUUGAUUGCCUUGAAGAUGAGUGGAGACUCUGGGAUAUCUGCAUUCCUGAAGAGGACAAUAUAUUCUGCUGAAAAGGGACCAUAUGAGUAGCAAAGACACCGUAUUUGAAGGAACGGAGUAGAGGCUUUCCCUUUUAUUUCCCACGGAUUACCCAUUUAAGACUCGAAAGGUCAAGUUUGAGACUGGCGGCUUCCAUCCCAAUGUCCAUGGCAACAUCUGCUUGGACAUUCUUCGGGUAAUUUAUGCAGAGAAGAAUAUGGUUCAUUCAUUUACUUACAUGAUAUGACUUUUGCCAUUUUUUGGAUAUAAUUUGAUUUUAUAAAAGUAUAACCUUGAAGGAUUUUUGCAGGAUAAAUGGUCCUCUACUUAUGACGUGAGAGCUGUACUGCUUGCAAUUCAAAGUUUACUUGCAGUUAACUCUUUUUACUUUCUUUUAUUUUCCUGUUUCCCAUAUCAACUUCAAAUGUGUAUAUAUUAUUUCCCUGUUGUUUAUCUGAUAUUCAGAACCAAAUAUUAGUUCACCACUAAACACCCUAGCAGCACAACUUUAAAGCAAUCAAGAAGGUGGAAUCAGAUAAACCCUUUAUUCUGUCACAAUAUUGGAUAUUGUUAUACCACCAUUCGUACAAGGCAAAAGGGAUGGAAUCUUUACAUAUUUCUUCAUCUUAAUGAUUUAUUAUACCAGGCUGUAUUUAGGAACUAAUUUGAUGUGAAGUGAAGGUUGAGAUCUUGCAUAUCUUGUUCACCUGUACUCAGGCCACGCUUUGACAAGAGUAAGAUGAGUACUGGAUAAUGGCCUUUUUUCAGUUUUGGUCUGUUUUGGUUAUGGCACCCUUUUAUGAACAUUUGAGUCUCUUUCUAUUUUUUGCUUACUUCUUACUUUGCUCUACAUUGUGCAUAUGGGUAUUGAGUAUAGAACUGCUAAGUCUCUUUUAUGCAUGGAUAUUUUUUGUUGGAAGAGUCAUGAUAGUUUAAUAUUUAGAACAGGAAUCCAAGCUUAAUAGUGUUAAAAUUUAUUAAACUGGUCCAGUCUAGGAUUACAAUUAAUUUCAUGUGACAUG